GCGACGUGUCACAGCAGUGGGCACAGACUGAACGAGCGGAGCACAUUACUUGAACGCGAGCACGCACGGCGGAACUGUGGAGGGACGCGUUUUCCGAUUAAGGAGGUUUCGAGCCGAGGAAUGCCGAACAGGAACACAAUGAGGAACAGCUGUGUGCUUAUUGUCCUUGGUGUCUACCUUCUGGUAGAGAAGCGGGCUUCAGCUUGUCGAAUCAGUGGACAGUUAGCGUUCUGUGAUUUUCUGUUUCUACGCCACGUUCCAGCAUUGCCCUCUUACGUUACCAGAGUGUCUCUCAGCAACAACUACAUUGGUGAAGUCAAUGAAACAUCCUUCGAUGGAUUGGAGCAGCUAGAGGUGUUAUACCUUGGGUCACAACUGACCAAAACACUAAUUGUGAAGAACAAUGCGUUUCGACAACUUUCAAACUUGACAUAUCUCUAUUUAGGAGGCAACAAGGCUCUUAUUCUUGAGCCUGAUGCAUUUGUGGGUCUGACCCAUUUAAGGAAUCUUGUUUUAUUGUAUAAUGGUCUCGAUGAAUCUAUUCUGAAAGGCAAAUACCUGCAACCCCUUGUGUCACUUGAAACUCUUGACCUUUAUGGCAACGAAAUCAAAAGAAUUCAACCUGGUCUUUUCUUCCGAAAUAUGACAAAGUUCCACGAGCUGAACAUGACCCUGAACAGAGCUGACAGUGUGUGUGAACAGGAUCUGCUUGGUUUUCAGGGAAAACACUUCAGCCUCCUUAAACUGUCCAGCACUUCUCUGAUAGGCAUGACCUCAGAUGGUUUUGACUGGAAGAAAUGUGGAAAUCCUUUCAGAAACAUAUCUUUUAGAGUGCUAGAUUUGUCAGGGAAUUCAUUUAAUGAGAAAAGCAUGCGCCUUUUUUUCAAUGAAACACAGGGGACUAAGAUUCAUCACCUCAUUCUCUCCUCUAAUCCAAUGGGAAGAUCAAUUGGGUACAACAACCUGAAAGAUCCUGACAUGCAAACAUUUGAAGGCCUCAGAAGUAGUUCUGUUGAAAUUCUAGAUUUAUCCAGAAACUUCAUCUUUUCCCUUGACUCUUCAGUAUUCAGUCCUCUGAAGGAAGUCAAAGAGAUCAUAUUGUCUUACAAUAAAAUUAAUCAGAUUAAGAGGAAUGCAUUUUUGGGACUUGAGCAUUUACAAAAGCUCAACCUCUCAAACAACCUCAUUGGUGAAAUUUAUCCAUAUACAUUUGAAAAUCUACCAAAUGUAGUUGAAAUAGACUUGUCAAACAACCAUAUUGGUGCAGUUGUAUACAAAUCCUUCAGCAUGCUUCCCAGGUUAGCCAUCUUAAAUCUCUUUGGAAAUGCCAUCACUGCCCUCCAUACAUUUGCAACACUAUCCAGUCUGCAAGUGCUUCAAUUAGGUGAUAAUAAACUGUCAUCUUUGUACGGCCUGUCUGCCUUUGCCAACACGUCCUUCAUUGAAUUAUCUAAAAACAGACUGAGGGAUCUUAAAGAAUUGUAUGGCAUCCUUGCCACACUACCUGACGUGCAGUAUAUUUCACUUCGGCACAAUAUGUUAUCAGUGUGUUACCCUGUCCAUUCUGUGCCGCCACAAAAUAAUUUAACAUACUUGGAGCUGCAGCACAAUGCUCUGCAGUUGAUAUGGGCAUCAGGAGCUUGCUUAGAUGUAUUUGACAACCUUGGAAAACUCCAAUAUCUCUCUUUAAGCAAUAAUUUACUCCAGUCUCCCCUCCCAAAUGACAUUUUUAAAGGUCUGCACUCUCUGAAGGUAAUGGACCUUUCUUCCAACUUUCUCACAUAUCUUCCGCAUGAUAUUUUCCCAGAAAACCUCAAAGGUCUAUAUCUAUCCCAUAAUAUCCUGGGUUCUCCUGAUCCAAAUGCUUUCCAUACGAUAAGUGUCAUCAACCUUGGCACGAAUCCAUGCUUGUGUGACUGCAAUUUAAAGGAUUUGUUAUCAAAGAGCCAUUCUGAAUCACCCUGUACUAAAGUGACUUAAUCCACUAAAUCAACAUUAUAUUCCCGUAGCAAACAACAGUGGAAGCCUGAUAACAGAGCCCUGAUGUCAGUCAGCUGAUAUUUUGUGAGCACAAACAUUUAUGAUACAACUGAAAGUAAAAAAAGAUAAAUAAUUUUAAUCAAAGAAAGUCCAAGGCACUCUUGGAAAUUAGGGAAUUGUUUAUCUAAUGAGUCUUUGGUACAAUGGUAUGAAGGACAGAUCAGAAGCAGAGCAAUAUAUAAACUAUAUACUUCUGCAAAGACAAUGUCAGAGGCUUUGGCAAUGAAAACAAAUGCUGACAAAAAGACAUGUACUUACUCAGAUCAUCUGGUUAAAAAAAUACAAUUUAUAUAUAAA